AUGAUUCUCGGCCUCAAGAAAAACCUCCUGUUUGUUUCGUAUCUGUUCUUCAAUGCUCUACUAACGCUAUUGCUUCUAAGACUCGAUCACGGCUUCAUCAUCGUAUCGAUAUUCGUUGUCGGCGGACACUUGAGAGAUGUGAUCAACAUAGCAUACCAAUCACUUCACAUGCACAGGAUACUCAGGCGCUGUGCCGACAUUCCUGACGACGACGCCGAGAUAGUUGUUGGUUGCUUGGUCCCGGUGUACAAUGAGGAGCCUUCGAUGUUGAAGAAGAAUCUGGAUGCUCUGACUACACAGAGGUUGUCGAAAAACACCAAGUUGGUGGUGAUGCUUCUCUUCGACGGACUGACUGAACUCAACGCAGAUCUUUUCAGCUCGGUCGUCAAUACCAUUGGUCUUGACGCUGGCUGCGCUGAAGAGCAAUGGUUUCCGAGUUGGAAGAGCAAGUUGCUGAAGAAGUUGGUGUACAAGAUCGGCACGUACAAUGACACGCCGGUAAUCCUGUCGUUCAAAGAGAGCAACUCGGGGAAAAAAGACUCUCUCAUCAUCGGGGAAAACUUCAUCGUGCUCGGCAUCCCGAGGAUCGAAUCUCUAGACGUACGACGAGUGGAUUUUAUUUACCACACGGACGGUGACACCAUUUCCGACAAGAACUGUUUGAACGAGAUGGUCAAGUCUCUCGUGGAUGAUCCAGACCUCGACGGCGUCUCUGGACUGCUGAGGACAUACCUCAAGGACGACGCGACCUUCACGGAAAGUGCGUUCGUCGCCAUGCAAGAUUUCCAGUACUUCUUCUCCAUCAUCAUUCGUAGGAUGACGGAGAGCAUAAUGAACUCCACCAUCUGCCUCCCGGGAUGCUCCAACAUGAUCAGGGUUAGCGAGAAGACUAACGUUGCCAUUGAAAAAUACGGAAACCUCCCGGUCAACAAGAGCGGUCUGGUGCAGACAGUCACGCGCAUGCAGGGAACCGACCGACGAUACACCACGCUCUUGCUCAGACAGGGUUCCAAGCUACAGAUGAAUUGGCGUGCUUUCGUUCACACGGAGCCACCGCUGAACGCGAGUGCGUUUGUGAAUCAACGCAGACGUUGGUCUUCAAACUCUUUUUUCAACUCGAUGAUCACGCUGUACUCCGAAAAAAUCCCAGUGUACAUCAAGCUUUCGAACCUUAUCGACAUCGCACGAGUCUUCACCACGAUAUUCCGCGUGAUAUCAUACUUGUGCUUUUGGGUUUACGUCAAGAAUUUUUCCCUUGUGAACAUCGUGUUUUUCUCUAUGUUCAUUGCACUUCCGUAUCUCUACGCCUUCGCCUGGAUAUUCUGUAUCGUCUCAGAGUGGAAGCAGAUGAUAGCCGGUUUCUUUUUGAACAAGAUCUUCAUGCCUUUUUUAUCCGUGGUAGCGGUGACAAAGAUGUUUUUCACUGCGACCGAUUUCGCCUGGGGCAGCAGCAGACUGACACCGCCAGUCGCUGACUGCACUAAACCUGAUUUCUGA